GGCGGGACGGGCGGGCGCUCCCCCGGCUCUGCCCGCUCGGCGCAGCCCGGCACAGCCCCGCAGAGCCCGGCACGGCCCUCGGCAGCCCGGGUCCCCCCCAGCCGAGCCCCCUCGGGCCGGCGUCGCGGGGAUGGGCGCGGGGCUGUGAGGGCGGCGUGACCAUGGGGAACAUCUCCUCCAACAUCUCCGCCUUCCAGUCCCUGCACAUCGUCAUGCUGGGCCUGGACUCGGCGGGGAAGACCACGGUGCUCUACCGGCUGAAGUUCAACGAGUUCGUCAACACGGUGCCCACCAUCGGGUUCAACACGGAGAAGAUCCGUCUGAGCAACGGGACGGCCAAGGGCAUCAGCUGCCACUUCUGGGACGUGGGCGGACAGGAGAAGCUGCGCCCGCUCUGGAAGUCCUACAGCCGCUGCACCGAUGGCAUCAUCUACGUGGUGGACUCGGUGGACGUGGACCGGCUGGAGGAGGCUAAAACGGAGCUGCACAAGGUGACCAAGUUCGCCGAGAACCAGGGCACCCCGCUGCUGGUCAUCGCCAACAAGCAGGACCUGCCCAGGUCGCUGCCGGUGGCCGAGAUCGAGAAGCAGCUGGCGCUCCACGAGCUGACCCCCUCCACCACCUACCACAUCCAGCCCGCCUGCGCCAUCAUCGGCGAGGGGCUCACCGAGGGCAUGGACAAGCUCUACGAGAUGAUCCUCAAGCGGAGGAAGUCCCUCAAGCAGAAGAAGAAGCGGUAGAAGCCCCGCGGAGGCGGGCACGGGGGAGCAGACAAAGGAACCGAGGGGGGGAGAGAGAACCAAAGCCACCCUUUUUUUUUGGUUUGAAACGUUCUUAUAAUUAUUUUUGUUUCCCCCUUCUUUUCUUUUUUUUUUUAAGAAAAAAAAUGUCGUUUCCCCCUUUUUUUUUCCGAAUGAAAAGACAAUAGUGGUGAUAACAAAGCCGCUCCUGCCAGCCAAGCCCAGACCCCGGCUGCGGGCGAGAGCCGGGGUCUCCCUUUUCCCACCGCCCCUUUCCGUGGGCUCCCGAGGUCGGAUCUGGAUCUCCUGCCCCUCCCCGGGCCGGGCUGGAGACCUGUGACCGGGGUGAGACCCCCCUCCAUCCAUCCUUUGGGACCCCCCAGCUUUUGUGUGCCGGCGGCGAACAGGGCAGGACCCUGUGGAAGCGCAUUUGGGAGAAGCCCCGAAUGCUUCUGGAUCUUUAACCUUGUGGAUUUUUUCUUUUUUGGGGUGGGAGGGGCGGGAAACGGGUGUAGGAGGGAUGCGGUGGGGAGGGAUGGAUGCUGUGGGUGAAGGUCAGCGGGAAGGGGGCUUCCAGCUGCGCCCCGAUGCUUCCCCGCAUCCCUGCAUCCCUGCAUCCUUCCCCGCGUUCGUCGGUGGAAGGGGGUGAUGGAGCGAGGAGAGCGGCACAAAAUGUGUGUGUGGGUGAUGGGGAAGGGGACAAACCUCCCUUCCCCCCCCGAGGUGGUGUUUUAGGACACGGAUGGGCGCAGAGCAAGGACAGGGUUGGGGGGUUCCAAGGCUGCUUGGCAGGUGCUCAGCUUUAAGCUGUUUGCUAAAAAAAAAAAGAAACCCACAAAGGAAAUUUUGGGUGAACGCUGCUGGAAAUGUUGGGGGGUGCCCAGGAGCCCCCCCUUCUCUUAACAGUUGGACUGGGUGAUCUUAAAGGUCUUUUCCAACCUAUGACUGUGUCAUCAAAAGCAAAGCCCUGAGCAGGUCUUCGUUGUGCCCAGGCAGAGGAUGCUCCAAGGUGCUAAUUUGCUCCAUCCAGGGUGACCCAAACUAGGGAUUUCUUCAUAAAAACAAACAAAAAGCAAGCUUUGGGGUACUGCCACCGGUGCAGGAGGUCAGGGCAGCGCUUGCUAAAUGUGGGGGUCUGUGGGGUCGUGGCAGGGCAGGAUGGACAGACGGCUGUCAGCACAGAGCUUGCAACAUCUCUGGUGGAAAGGGAAAAUGGCAGAGUGUGGAGAGACAUUGAGGGGGAGGGCAACUGGGGAGGAUGUUAUUUUUUUAUAUGGAUUUAAACCCUUUUCAAAGCAGAGAGCCUCUUGCUACCAGCAGUGUGGGCUGCCUCUGCCUGCUGAGCGCCCGGGGCCUGAGCAGUGGUCCUGCGUGUGGAUGUUUUGGAACUAGAUGGGACUGGGGACCAAAAGCCAUUUGUUCUCUCUGUUUCGGCCAGGGACGCAGCUUUCUGGAGGAGAAAACCGGGAUCCCGGCUUUCCGUGCUGGCCACAAAGCAGAAGCAGGCAGCCCUUGGGGGCCAAGUAUCCUGAGUUUUGAGCCACACGGUCUGGUGGGUGUUUCUGGUGAUUUUACACCAGUUGCCUCUUCCCAGAGCAGCCAAGGAGAAACCACCAAGCAGACAAAAGAAAAAUGCCCUUUGGGUUGCAGGGAGUUGAUUCUCCCCUCGCAGUGAUGAGCGCGGCACCUUCCAAAUAGCAUUUGGUUUUUUGUUUUGGUUUUUUUUUUUUCAUUAGGAAACAAAUGUUACAGCCAAGUAAUAUUUCUCUUCUUGCGGGAUUUGAGCUCCCAACACGAGUCCUGACUUGUGCGCUGAGCGAGUGGGCUGGUCCCAUCAGUUCAGGUGGCUCUGUUCCCGCUUCCUUGGGUUUUCUUUGUUUUGUCUUCACCUCCAACACUUUGGUACUUGCUGUGGAGAGAGAGAGAGAGAGAGAGGAAUUAUUUAUUUUUGAUGCCACAGAAGCCACGUGCAUUAACCCUUUUUUGAAGGGCCACCCAUUUCAGAGGCAAAAUAUAAAGCUAUGUUUUCCCCAUCAGCUCAAAAGCAAUCGGCUUUUAAAAAUGACCCGUGCAGGCUAUUUGUUGUGGGUUUUGCCUGCUUGCUGUCAAGAUGUAGGUCUUGGUUUGGCAAAGGCUGGCAUGGAAAGCCUGGUGGCAUGGAUUUAUGGAGCUCGGUCCUUCCUGGGGGUUCAUUACACCCAGCUCAGCUGAGCAUCCCCUGUGAGAAAUGGCUGGUUUUCAGCAGAAGGAGCCCUUAGGCGUGUGCUGAACUGGCAGCGCGUGCUUGGAGGUUCGGCUGAGCCAGGUGGGACGUCGUGGCGGUGCCGUUCCCACCAACUCUGCUUUCUGCAAUAAUUAAAAAGACUUUUCCAAUUAGUAGCUAAUGGCUUCCGUGGUAUUUCUGUAACGUUUCACAACCGUAUGCUGAUUUUUCCUGUGUAAAGACGUGCGUCGCCUACAGUGGGGUAGGAGAAGAGAUGCCUCAGCAAAACAGUGGUUAAGGGAAACCGCUGGGCUUUUUACAAGGCUGCGCGUCUUCUUGAAAUAUGUUUGAAUGACUCUUUUUUUAGCAGCUGUUGCAAGGUACCGGUCUCAUUUCCCCAGGUACCUUCGCUGUGUUCCCAUCAGUGUUGGAUAUCCCGCUGCCAGCGUCCUACCCUUGCCAUUGUCCAUCAGUCUGUGUUCCUCCUGUCUUUUCUUCUUUUUUU